GUCUGAUCCAGGGCGACUCGAUGCUGAUCUUCAACCUGACCGGCAUCCACCGUCAGGAGCGGCUGCGUUCGGCCCGGCUGCACGUGCACCGGCGGCUGAUGGCCGGCCGCCUGCGCGCCGGGUCACUGCGCCUGCGCAUCUGCCACGUCGCUACAGAGCGGGUGCCUGUGCUGGAGGACAUCGUGCUGAACCUGAACAGCAGCGGCUGGCAGACGUUUGAGGUGACGGUGCCGGUGCGGCGCGUGCUCGGCUCGGCGAGCCGCAGCCGGCUGCUAGGCGUGAGGGUCGAGCUGAAGCGACCCGGUCAAACCGGCUUCCGGCGCGUCCGCUGGCGACGGCUGCGCCGUAUGCGCCUGCAGCCGUUCGUCGUCGCCUUCACCGACGACAGCUUCUCCAUGGAGCAGGACAUCGAGCACAACUUCCUGCACGCGCCGGCCGCCAGACGCCGCGCGACGGCGGCGCCUUUCGGCGGCGACCUUGAUGGCGAGACGGCGCUGACAUCUAGCGGCGACUCUGACGUCGAUGUUAACCGCGUCCGCCGCUCGCUGGCUGACAACCGGGUGCCGGACGCGGCGGAUGGAGGGUACUUCAGCUAUCACGUGACCGGCUCGGAGGCCAAUGACAUCACCGUGUUCACCCGCCACGAAGAUGGGUCCGCAUUGGGGAAACACGCCGCCUCUGCUGACGCCGACGCCAGUUUGAUUCCGUACCCAGCAAAGGAAAAGCACAAGAAGUGGAGGAAACGGAAGCAUAAGAAGAGGAAACACCGUAACCGGAAAACGCUGAAAAACCGGCGGCUUCCUCUGAAGUGGAACGUCACCAAACCAAACAGCGCCGAGCGGGGCCCGGCGGCGGCCCCGCCUCCACCGCCGGCCACCUGCCGCCGACACCGGCUCACCAUCGACUUCGACGACAUCGGCUGGGGCGAGUGGAUCAUCAACCCGCCUCGCUUCGACGCCUUCUACUGCGGCGGUGCCUGCGCCUUCCCGCUCAGCAAGCUCUGGCGGCGAUGCUGGGCGUACGGACGGCAGACGGCGCCGGUGGCGUGCCUGGCCCCUGCUGCGUGCCCGACGCCAUGGACUCGCUCACGCUGCUCUACUUCGACGAGACGCGUCAGAACGUCGUCCUCAAGAACUAUCCGAAAAUGGUGGUGAAGAGCUGCAGCUGCCGGUAGAGGGCCGGCCGCGCCUCCGACGCCCGGACACUCCCAGUGCGGAGACUGCUCUGGGGAGACUGGCGCGAUGCAGACCUCUCGCUCUCAGCUGACCUGCGAGGGUCAAGGACAGCCGGCUGACGGCGGCGGUCGGUGACCGGCGUCCAGAGGAAGCGGGUAGUGCACAGCCGGCGGCCGACACCAAGGCGCUUACGAAGGUGGCCAAGUUCCGGCCAAAUCGGCUCGCGUCGCUUCCUAAGACAGCACCCCAUCACCCCCUGCGAGGCUGCACCAGUGCCGAUGUCUAUCUUAGACACAACGGUAGCUAGACACUGCGCUGAUUCCUGGCAGCUACUGUGCGCAACUUUCCGCGCCGUACCGGCGCCUUUCUCGCUUCAAUUCAUCGCAAUGCGCUUUAGCACGCCGAAGCGUUGCUUUGACAUGGAGCACUGUUCGGCCGGCGCCGAGGCGUUGCUUUGGACACGGCGCACUGUUCGGCCGGCGCCAGCUGCGUGUUCGUUUCGACACCAGUCAGGUGCGCACCAAGGUGUUAUCGCGCUGCAGCAAUCUUAAAAAAUACGGCCCCUGAAUGCCGCUUGUAUUUGAUUUCACUCAGUGGAAUCGAUUCUGACUGCUGUUUUCACAGUUUUUGAAGCUGAUUCUUGUACCGAGAAGGGCAGUACAAUUCAGACCCGAGUCAAGGAGUAGAGGCACAAUUUUGGAACUUACUCUAUUGAGUCUACUCCGGUUCUUGUAGUGGAACUUUUUUGUGGGCUGCGCACGGACUUGGGACACCUAUCGUUGUCGAGUAAAUGGAAAUGUAUCAUGCUAGUUAAUUUACUGCCAUAAAACUGGUACAAGCUGUUUGACUUACCGCAUCUGUUGUUAUGUAGAUAUAUUGCUUUUAAGCCUCUGUCCGAUCCAGCUGGCAUGCCUCAGUAGCUCCAACGUUCUGAGAAUUUCAGGGCAACCGACCGCACGUCAGACACCACUUCAUUGAAAGAUUUGGCCUUGGGCCGCAUAUGACGUCACUGGGGAAUCUCCGGCUAGGUCGGCUGAAUAGGGCCAUUUCGACCGUCGGCGAUCGGCGCUAAUGGUGCGGUUGCCGUGCGUCGCGCUAGGCAACACCUGGCAACAGUAUACCUGGCAACAGUAUAGUCGCUAAACGCUCCGGAUAAAUGUAUUACUGGUAGAGGCGUCUGGGAUGUCGUCCUGGAGUGGCGUACGUUCGGGUAGGAGGAGGACAGUGUUGGAAGUUCGGCGAACGCUGUCCCGCCAGGAUCUGUGUGGCUAGUGUAGAUGAUUUAUAGCGCUGUUGUACAUGGUCUACCUGCAUGUGGUUAGAAGGCUGGUCCAUGCAAAGUCCCUGUUGCAGCAAGAGGGCCAGAGGGAGAGAACAAUGAGGCUUGAAAAGUAUGCAGCUACUUGUUGCAAGCACGCAGUGCUGUCGUCAGGAGCAGCUUUCGGCCUAAACUGUAGCUCGAAUACAUUAGCUGGCGCAGCGAGAACAGCUGCUAGCUUCGUUAGACUUGUGGUGAGCUGGCGACAUCAUUUCUAAGUGCGUCGUAGGCAGAGGUCGUUGCUAUUUGUGUCCUGCCAUAUCUCUCACCUUCACCGGUGACCUACAUUUGUGACCGGUGUGACCUUCACUGGUGACCUACAUCUGGGCUGCGGCCGCGUUCUGCCCUUUCGACCGUAUCGUUGUGCCCACUCAUCCCGGCUUGAUGUGCAUGCGUGUUGGCGGUCGCUACGGCUAGAGCGCGCCUCUCAGUUGGCGCCCCCUUCCUUGACCUGUUGCGUGGCGGCUCUGCCCGGCGCCCGUGAGCGCGUGUCGCCGCCGACGCCCGGUCCUAGCCGCCCAGGACCGGACGCCGUACUCGGUGUUGUAUCGUCUCGCUGGUGAACGCCGAGUGACUGGGCGUGGUCGUUGGAGAGGGCGUGUUCGUUCGAGGGGCGUGGUCGUUCGGGGGCGGUGCCGUGGCUGGCAGCGGCGGCCGCGACCUGGCUCGACGCUGCGUGUCCUUGGUGGCCGGUCAGUGGGCCUCGCUACCGCCUGGUGUUGGCGGCGGGUGACGCCGCCGCCGCCGAAGCCCGGAUGGGAGAGCUGGUGCACCCUGUUUCCCGGGCGGCGGUUCGUUUGGCGUGCUCCGCGUGGUAGAGCAGAGUCCGUCGGUAGGUCGAACUUAGUCUCUAGGAGAGUACAAUGUGGUUUGUGCGUCGCCUCGUCUGAGUGUUGAUGUGUUUUUCUUCUCGCUGAUCCUUCCCGUGCUCCUGCGAAAGCAAUGUUUGAGUCAGUUGUCAAUAAACGCAACGCAGCGUA